CGACAUAGAAACACCCCUAAAAGAAGAGAAGAAUAAAAUCGCGAGGGAGGAGGUAGCAAGUAAAAGCAACACGACACGAGCAUGAAGUCUCUAUUUAUAUUCGCGUUUUUCUCUGCGAUUUCCAUCGCCGCAGCCUCCACAGCCUACCCUUCCAUCCCCGGCCUCGAUUCCGGCGACUGCUCCCUCACCGGCGACGAAACGAAUCUCGUCCCUCCACGCCGCGAAGUCUACGAUGACGGACGAUUAUUCGAUAUCACACACAGGUUCGUCCCUGAGAUGCCGGUUUGGGACUCCAAGGAAGGGUUAGGCCACUUUCUCUGGCUUGCUGAUAGCAUGAAAAACGGCUCACGCGCUAAUGGCUCGGCUAUGAAGCUUGGCGUUCACACCGGAACUCAUGUUGACGCGCCGGGCCAUUUCUAUGAUAAUUACUUCGACGCCGGAUUCGAUGUUGAUACCCUUGAUAUAGGACUCCUCAACGGUCUUGUCCUUUUGGUUGAUGUUCCAAGGGAUAACAAUAUUACUGCUGAAGUUAUGAAGUCCUUGUAUAUCCCUAAAGGUGUAAGGCGUGUGCUCUUCAGAACAUUAAAUACUGACAGGAAACUUAUGUUUAAGAAGGAAUUCGACACAAGCUAUGUUGGAUUCAUGGAGGAUGGUGCAAAAUGGCUGGUGGAGAACACUGACAUCAAACUUGUAGGAGUUGAUUACUUAUCCGUUGCGGCAUAUGUUCAUUCGGUUCAGUCUCAUCUUGUUUUUCUGGAAAGCAGGGAAAUCAUUCUUGUGGAAGGCCUAAAGCUAGACGGUGUCCCAGCAGGAAUAUAUUCACUCAACUGCUUGCCUCUCAGGUUGGUUGGUUCUGAGGCAUCACCAAUUCGGUGCAUUCUGAACCGAUGAUGAAGUCCGUGAGUUGCACGUGGUACGGCCGCAGGUAGCAACAUAGCCCGAAUGUAGUCAGUGGUAUCAACAAGGAGCAUUUUGAUGCAAACCAUACCUAUAGUAUAGUAAUAAUCUCAAAGAAUUGAGGACUUGCAGAUGCACUUGUAAUAAACUUGUGUUUUCAACUUUUACCUCAGAAGUAGUCCCCCUUGUGCACCAUUUGAACUUGUAGACCCAUGCCCAUAAAUUCUUUAUAAUUUCAUUAUAUAUUAAUUAUGAGGAUUUCUUAAUGCA